AUGCACCCUGGACACCCACCAGCGCCGUCUCAACUAUUGUCACAGCAGCAACAGCAGCAGCAGCAGUAUCAACACCAGCAACAUCACCAACUCCAACACCCGUCAUACCCGCAAUCGCAACCACAAAUACAGCUGCAACCACAGCUGCAAUCCCAGCUGCAACCCCAGUCAUCGUUGCCGCACCCGCAAUUCGCGAACGCCUACCCCGGUGGGCACCAACCAUAUCCGCAACAGCAGCAUCAGUACCAGCAUCAACAACAACACGCCCAGUAUACCCAUCCUUCCUAUGCCCCGCAACACCCAUCGCCGCAGCAGCGGCAGCAGCAGCAGCAGCAGCAGCAGCAUCAGCAACAACAACGACAACAACAGCAGCAACAGCCGCUUCACUUCUAUCCCGGCAGCGCUCCCCUACAACCACAGUAUCCAAACUACCAUGGUUCCUUCCACCAGCAACCCUCCCCUAUUGCUCAACCAUCUCCAGCCCCUCGGCCCUCCCAGACUACUCCCCGGCCGUCCCCGAUCCCUCAGCCUUCUCCGGUGGUCCAGCCCGCCCCACCCCCUCAACCUGUACCGUCGCCCGCACCGAUGUCAGCGCCACCUGUACAGUUCGUGGACCCCUCCUUUCUCCAACAAUCGCCGAUGCCGAAACCUCCCAGCAAGGCCUUCCCCGCAGCGCAGCCGCUUCAUCCCGCGAGUACCCCGAGCCCACAACUAUCCCGCGCUGCUCAACCGCAAACCCAGACCCCGAAACCGAUACCCGUGAAAGCGAGCCCUAAAUUAGAGAAGCGGCCACCGUUAAGCGGCACACCAAAGUUACUUUCGAAAGACCCAAGACGGCCGAGUUCGAGUGCGAGCGUUGCGAAUUCACCUGUUACGCCACAUGCAUCGGCUCAUGCCGAGACGCUGCCACUUCUUUUGUGUGUAGCCGAGGACUGCUUCGAGAAGGCGAAUGCGGCGGCUCAGCAAGUUGCAAGAACCAUGAAUGCAGAAGAGGUGGCCGAGCAUCACAAGCUAGUAGCCACGGGGUUGGGUUGUCUGGACGUUGCGCUCAAGUCAAAUAAACUCUGGCCACGCCUCGAGGCGAGGCUAUGUUUACGUUACACCGGUGUUCUUAUUGAGGAGACAAACAACAUCACGGAGGCGGAGACAGCUUUGACGAGAGGCAUAUCGGUGUGCGAGAAGCAUCGAUUCCUCGACUUGAAGUACUGCUCCCAAUUUCUCCUGAUGAAGACGCUCUUCCAGCGCAAUCAGAAGGCAGCCUUCAAGUCGAUAGAAGGCCAUAUCACCGACUGCACAACAUACAAACACGUUCCUUGGAUCUACGCUUUCCGUUUUCUGAAAGCCUCUUUCCAUCUCCAAUCCGGGACGGCGGCUGAUAACCACGCCAUCGAAAACCUACGGAAAAUCGCAGGAAUCGCAAACCAGCGCCAUGACAAGGGAGUCUUCGUCAUAGCCAUGCUUCUUGAGGGGCUCGCUCACCUCACCACUAUGAAGGACGACUGGGCCACACGUGUACAGAUGUGUAUCGCUCAGGUCUCAAAAUUGCAGCUAGACGAGUCCAUUCGUACACCUCAGACAGAUGUAUUACUUCUUCUGUUGGAUCUGGCGUGUAGCCUCCACCAAAAAGCUCACCAGAUCGCAGCACAGAAGCUCAGCGCGCUUCAGAAACGACUGGAAGAAUUGAAACAGUCCCCGGAGUGGACUUCGCAAUCUGGCGAGCUAUUGUUGCCGAUCAACCGUAUGCCCAACCAGCAGCAGAUAAUCAGCGCUGAUACGCGAGCGGUACUCCGGCCUGGCGAAGAGCGCGUCGAUUAUCUAGUGUUAACGACACUAGGGAAGCAAGAAGCUUGGGCGUUGGCGUAUGUCUUCAAUGGCAUCGUGGCUCACUACAAAGCCUCGACACCCGGCCGUAGCUCGGGUAUGUGGAACGAAGCGGUGAGGUUAUUAGAAGAACGAAAACCCACGUCAACGUCGUUCAGUCUUCCGGAAGCACUUAGACAAGCCGAGUGGGCAAAUGAGCUCUCCUCCUAUGCACAUCUCCUUACUGGACUCCAGGCUUCGACGUUAUCCGACUGGGCUAAAGUGAAAGCCUGUUUAGACACAGUGAACCGGAACGACCCUCAAUCAAACUUCCUCGACGCCUUGACGCUCUACCUUCAAGGCGUCUUGUACCAGGGUACGGCGGCUCUCGACAAAGCAAUAGAAGUUUGGAAAGACAAAAGGUUUGAGAUGGAUUGGUCCGGUGCGCCCAAACCUGACACCAGCCGCAUCGUAACGGAACUCUCCAUCCUCGCCGCCCUCAACCGCCUGUGGAUAUUGCAAGAGCCUCUCCAGGUCGACGACGUUGAAACCGCCGACCUGAUCGACCUGCUCCGCCCCAUCUGCGAGGACAACCCAGAUCAGGAGAUCCGCACCGUCUACAACUUGGUUUUAGCCGCGAUCGGCCCGGCCGUGAACCCCCCCAUGUCCAUCAACCAAGUUAAACGUCACAUCCAGCAGUCGCUGAGCGGUGCUCAGCAGACGAGCAACACCCAGUAUCUGUCUAUCGCGCUCAAUAUCAUGCGCGCGCGGCUGUUUGAAAAUGUCGUCGGCGAGCAGGCGCUUAAGAGUGCGCGUGCGGGCGCGGCGCAAGCGCGCAAGAGUGGGAAUGUUUUGUGGAUGAGUGUGGCCGACGGUAUGUUGGCGCAGUCAUUCGAGAUGCAGGGGGCACUGGCCGAGGCGAGAGCUGCCCAUGAGUCAGGCGUGAAGUUGGCGAAUGAGGCGUUUGCGAAGACGCGGUUUUGA